AUGGCUCCUAUUGACGAUUCAUCUGCUACUACUGCCACUACUUCUUCAACCUCAACUAGCUCUUCUUCUGUUGAACCGUCUCACCCUUUGUACCUGUACCCGUCUGAUUCGCCUGGCACAAUUUUAGUCACAAAGACCUUUAAUGGCACGACUUAUGGGGGUUGGAGACGAAGCAUGUUUAUUGGCUUAUCAUACACUGAGAUUAGGGAGAGUGUGAUGUAUACAGAAUCUGCUCAAAAACUUUGGAAAGAAAUCGAACAACGAUAUGGGAAAGCGAAUGGGACUAAGGUGCUUCAAAUCAGGAAGGACCUUGCUUCCAUUUCCCAGGGACCCUCUAACAUUGCUUCCUAUUUCAGUCGCAUUAAAAAGCUUUGGGAUGAGUUGGCUUAUUCAAUCACUUAUCCAGACUGUACAUGUGGUUGUAAAGAGGCCUUUCAGAAGAUCGAAGAAGAGCAAAAGGUUCAUCAAUUCCUGAUGGGGUUGAAUGAAACCUACACUAGCGUUAAAAGAAACUUUCUUCUAAUGAAACCUUUGCCUGAUAUUGACAGUGUGUAUGCUAUGCUGAUUGAGGAUGAAAGCCAAGCUGAGGUACAAAUUUCAAAUUCAGUUUUUAGUCCAGAAUCUGCCUCCUUUAGCACAAAUGUUCAGAAACCUAUGAAUUCAAGGAUGCAAUUUGACACUACUAGGGAGAGUACCAGAGUUCAAAGGCCUUUUACUCAAAGGAUAAAUUUUGAUCCUACUAAGAAGGGGAAUUCUAGUUUAAUGUGCCGAUACUGUAAGAAGCCCGGGCAUCUAAUUGAAAACUGCUACAAGCUGCAUGGGUACCCUCCAGGUUUUGGUUCCAAGUUCAGAAGGCCAACUGCAUUUGCUCAAAUUUCUGAUCCCCCUGACAUGGGAGCUACUGAUAAUUCUGCUUCUGAGAGCUCCAAGGUGAUUCCACUUGACAUUCUGGGCAACAUUCUGACAAAAGAACAAUAUGAUCAACUGCUCAAUUUGCUCCAACAGUCCAAGAUGUCCUCUGCCUCUCAAGACAUUCCUUCUAGUUCAGCAAACUUUGCAGGUCUGAUAGGUACUUCUGUUUUCAGUAAUUCUACUUCUUAUGUUUGCAAUUUUACUAAAGUAGAGGAUGACUUUUGGAUCAUAGACUCUAGUGCUACUAAUCAUAUGACCCCUCACCAAUCUUUACUAACUGAUAUUAAGCCCUUACCUUUGCCUUACCUUGUGACUCUUUCUAAUGGGUACAAAGUUAAGGUCCAUUGUAUUGGUUCUCUUUAUCUUUCUCCAACCAUUUCUCUUCCUAAUGUCUUACUUGUUCCUUCGUUUCAUUAUAAUCUCAUCUCUUUGAAUCAACUACUUGUUCAUCUUAAAUGUUAUGCCUUUUUUACUGCCUAUGCAUGUGCUUUGUUGCAAGGCCCUUUUCUGAAGAAGCCAGUGGUGCUUGGUAGACUUCAGAAGGGUCUCUACAUUCUUCAGCCCAAUGAUCUUUGUGACUGUGAUACUUCUUCUUCUAAUUCCUCUGUAAAUACCAUAACUGCCACUGUUGAUAUAACGAAUAAGAGCAGUUCUCUUUUAUAUCCUUCUGUGUGUGCUAAUAUUUCUACUUCUGCCUUGUCUGUUGAUCAUGCAUGGCAUUUGAGGUUAGGACAUGCUCCUUUUGCUAAAAUGAAGCAUAUUUCUUUUCUUGCUGAUAAAUUGCCUCCCAAACAAUCUUUCAUUUGUCCCAUGGCUAGGCAACAAAGGCUACCCUUUCCUGAAAGUACCAUUCACUCUACUACUCUUCCAUUUGUCCCAUGGCUAGGCAACAAAGAUGAUUUUACUUGGGCCACUUGGACCCACUUGCUUUCCUCUAAAUCCAAUGCCUUCUCUAUUUUGAAAUCCUUCAUUGCUAUGGUCAGCACUCAGUUUUCCCUUCCUGUUAAAACUGUGAGAUCAGACAAUGCUUUUGAGUUGGGAGGAAGUAAUGAGGCUAAAACCUUUUUCUCUGCUCAAGGUAUCCUUCACCAGACUUCCUGUUUACAUACACUACAACAAAAUGGUGUAGUGGAGAGGAAACACAAACACCUACUUGAAACUGCCCGGGCACUCCUCUUUCAAUCAAAAUUGCCUCUCAAGUAUUGGGGUGAGUGUGUUUUGACUGCCACCUACCUCGUCAAUAGGUUUCCUUCCCCUCUACUUCAACGUAAGUCUCCUUUUGAGUUGUUGCAUGGUUCCUCUCCUUCAUUUGCACAUUUGAAAGCUUUUGGGUGCCUAUGUUUUGCUGCUGUCCCUAAGCCUUACAGAGAUAAGUUCAAAUCUAGGACUAUUCCAUCUGAUUUCAUUGGAUAUAGUUCUGGGAAGAAAGCUUAUAAGUUGCUCAACCUCUCCAGCUCAGUCAUUUUUCACUCAAGGGAUGCGGUGUUCCACGAACACAUAUUUCCCUAUUCUGAUGCAUCUACUUCUUCUCCUUUGUUUCCUCCUCUCCCUCAUUUUUCUAUGCCUGAGCAUGUACCAAUGCCUGACCAUAUUCCUGCUGCUAUUCCUGUUUCUACCUCUUCCUCUAUUUCUUCUUCUCAUGUUCCAUAA